AUGACUUCUUCUUACGUUUUUGUUGAGGGAAAAGACAGCGACAAAGAGAAGGAAGAUUCGGAUUUAGAAAGUGGAAGCGACGAUGAAGGCUUCGAAGACGCUGAUCAAGAUUUUGAUUUCGUUCUCAAGCCAUCGAAUAAACUUCGCAAUGGUGCGAAGAAAAUGCAAGAAAUGGAAUUUAGAAACGAUCGAUUUCGUCUUAAACAGGACAUAAUCCGAGUGCGUGGUAAAUUUGAUGAGCGUUUUUGUCAUCCUUGGUGGAGAGUGGAAUUCAAAUUGGACGCGUUGAAAUCUUCGACGAGCUUUAAGCACGCUACUUCACUGCCUUCGUACAGUAUUCGAACGGAUGACGAUGUGAAUAAAAGCUUGCUGUCGCAGUUCCUCACCACAGGUUGUGAAGUGAAUGAUCAACACGUCACGAUGUUGCUGGAGUUUCUCGAGAGGAAAAAUUUGAAACCCACAUUUGAGGAUCUGGUUAAAAACUUGGAGAAAUUUGCUGAAACCGACAAAGAGGGUCACGACAUUGCUGAGCAGAUUACAGCAGCGCUGGACCGUAAGCGUAAGUUUAAGUAUGUUCUAUGCUAAUUGUGUUUAUAUAUUUAUCCCUUUCACUCCCAAGUUCUCAUUAAUAGUUCUCCUUACUGUCUGCCAUUCAAAUAAUAUUAGUUUGGGGAGUUUGGUAGUGGACCACAUUGUGAUAUUUUCCCUCAUUCUUAUCACUUGUCUGCUUUAUAUUUUUUAUAUAUUGUAAGAGAAAUUCUGUCUGGUCACUCAUGGAAGUGAAAUGGUUAAACAAGAGAGACCUAGUAUAAUUUGCACUAUGAAAUAUAUAAUUUCACAAACUGUUUAUUACCCACGCUGUCUUUUUCUAUAUUAUUCUGUUCACUAGUGUUUAGACUUCUGAUAUAUUGGUCUGGACUGGAUGGGUUUAGAGGCUCCAUUUGGCUUUAAAACAAAGUAUUCAACCACAUCAUUCAAUAACUGCUCAAUUUUGACCAGCAAAUGUACAUUUUUAGAAACCAGCCAUGGACCUGUAGGGACAGAAGCAUUUCAAUAUUUCAGCUUAAUAAUCCACCAUCCACUAUAAUUUUUAUUGUGCCAAUGUUUCAUGGUUCAACUGUUACAUGUUAUUUUUUUUUUUUUUUUCACUUUUUCAUCUUAGCUACUGGUAAAGCCUUCGCUGUUCCUUUGUUUACCAAGUAUGCUCAUCGGCUGUUUCCUCGUCGUGUUUGUUCAAUCUUUGAGGAAUCUUCUAAGGAAGAGCUGGAAGAGCUUAAUGAGGCCUUAAAUAAAGAACCCUGGGUUUUUGGUUAUUGGAGUGUUCUCAAACAAAGAUUUAAUCUCUCAAGCUGUGAGGUAAAGCUGGAAUCAUUUGAAGACUGCAAUCUACUUGACCAAAUGCCAAUUGCCAAGCAAGAUGCAUUGCACAUAUAUAAUGCCCUUUCACGAUUGCUUCGUAAGUAUGGCCAUACUUAUGUAGAAUUCAAGAUGCUGACAAAGGAGCUAAAUGGAGUCAGAAACUGGAAAAAAAGUCUUGACUAUUUGAGAGAAAUUGAUGUUGUAGGGACUUCUGAAGACCAUCUGGGUGACAAUCGGCAUGUCUUUUUGACACAUGUUCGUCGUUAUGAAGAAGGAAUUGCAAGAAAUGUUGUUGCAGUCAUGGAUGAAAAACCUUGGACAAGUAAUGUGGAGAUUGAUGAGAAAGUAGGUUCUGAUUGUGCAACAUAUCUUCUAAAAGUACUGUAAAAUUCUGAAAAUAAGCCCCUCUGUGUAUAAGCCCCUCCACAUAGAAGCCCCCCAAACCUGAAACGCAAAAAUACCUCCUAUAAUAUGCCCCUCCAAAUAUAAGCCCCCGAGGGCUUGUUAAGCAAUGUGGUCAACAAGUGUUGAAGUUUAUUGUCUUUUAUGCAGUUCGCUCUUCACUCAAACCUAGAAUUCCUUUGGUCCAUUGACAAAGUAUUUGCAAGGAAGUUCAAUCCCACCACCCUGAACCCAAAUUCCUUCUGGUGCUCCUCACUUUUCACCUAUUAUCUUUGUGGUGAUAGAAUGUAAUGUUCCAUCUUUGAGCAUGGGAAAAUCUGUGGCAGAGGUUCCUGGAUGAAACUGAGCCUGAACUACAUUAUCAUUUUUACUGAAUUUCUGUUCUGAUAAAGUUUAUUGCUGUUGUGUUUGAACUUGGCAUUUUCAGUGUGAUUAAUUUGUUGCAAAUUUCUAGCCAAAACCCUUAUAUUACCAGUUGCACAUUCAAAAAUUUUGACACAAAUUUCCCUUCAAUUAUUAGCUCAGCCAAUUUUGGAAUGCAAUUUUCCCUCCUAUAAUGAGCCCUUCCGAAAUAUAAGCCCCUUCCAAAAAUAAGCCCCUCAAAAAGGCCCUUUGAAAAAUAUAAGUCCCAGGGCUUAUUUUUGGAAUUUUACUGUAGUUUUAACACCUUUCCACACAUCAAGUGGCCCAUAAGUCUUUCCCUCUGCACAAUAUAACAGGUUUGUUAAGUAGAAGGAUGCCAAGAAAAAAGAUAAAAAAUAUCUACUUGGGGAUGUGUUUUGAUUUUAACUCCAAAUUAUCAAAAGAGAACGAUACAAGAAAUGCAUUAAAGACAGCAAGGAAAAUUAAUUUUGAGAACCUGACAGGGAGAGGGUCAAGUUACAGUACAUGUACAUGUAACCAAAAGAACUAUGCAACUCAAAAAUGUAUGUAUGAUGUAUGAUGAUUGUGUAGUUGGGGGUAGGGGACAUGCAAGUAAAUUUUGUAGAGGGGUGUCAAACCCCCCCCCCCUCCCCAUCCAAAUUCCUGAGCAUAUCUAUAUAAUCAUCUAUGUAAUCACUUUCCACUAUUGACCAGGAAGGUACAUGAUUCAUAUAGUAUAGUUAAAGUUAUAUCUCUCGUGCACAGUUCACAAUUUUAUCCCAGAAAUGUCUAAUGUAUUGAAAUGGUGCAGAGAAGACUAGAGAAGCACUGAGGUUUAACCGUAUUGUACUGUUUCCUAUACUUUAUUUAUUACAGGUAUUUAAUGGUGAUAUAGACCAAAUUCAUGCAGCCCAACUCAUAUCAACAAAGCCAGUUGCUGUGCUCUCAGGUAGGGGUGGCUGUGGUAAGACAUUUGUUGUGUCAGAAAUCUUGAAAAAGGCACUAGAGGAAAAAAUGGAAAAUUUCCACCAAGAGAACCCUGUAAAUUCAUUUGAAACAAAUAUGGACACCUCUGAAGGGCAAGAUAAGCAUGCAAUCAUUCGGGAUUACCCUGAUGAUUAUGAAAUCACUGAAACUGAUCCAGGCAGUAAAGAAGAUGAAACAUCAUCUUAUGUUGACAAGAAACUUGAAGAGGUAAAUGAAGAAGUUUUGCUAACUGCACCAACUGGCAAGGCUGCCUCCAUCCUAGGGAAAAGAAUUGGGAUUCCUGCACACACACUGCACUCAGUCAUCUUCACAUUUCUCCGCUGGAAGAAUCAGGUUGGAAAUGUCAAUGAUUGGAAAUUCAGCAAAGUUCAUCUUCUAGUGUGCGAUGAAUGUAGUCUGGUGUCGGUGAGGGUGUUCUACAAGCUGAUCAGCAUUUUGCGUCAGUAUGCCCAUCUUAAACAAGUGAUUCUCUUGGGGGAUGUAAACCAACUUCCAUCCAUUGAGCCUGGGAAUUUUCUGGGUGAUAUCUUCCACACAUUGGAGAAAAAUGGCUUCUGCAUCACUCUGCAAACCAACCACCGAUCAGAUUCAGAGCUUAUUGUUCAAAAUGCUGGAAAAAUAUCAAUGCAGCAGAUGCCAUUUUUUGAUUCAAAAAGAGGUUUCUUCUCAGUUGAAUACAAUUCUAAUGACGAUGGUGAGAGUAUCACUGUAACUGAAGUUGUUAAAGACAUACUGAAAAAUGAGGCAAACCCUUUUAUCCUGCCCAAACCUGAAGACUCUCAAUUUGUUACAUUGCGACGAAAAGACUGUGACAACAUUAAUGAACUAUGUGCUCUCCAUUACAACAAACACUGCAUCAAAGACCACCGUGGGAAACUGAAAUUUGAAAUUGGAGACAAAGUUUGUGUAAGGCGUAACAUGCUGUGUCUUGAUCAGUAUGAAAACGAAAUUGUCAAGAUUUGUAAUGGAGAGAUAUUCUUCAUUAGAGAUAUCAUUCAGGAACAAGACGAAAGGAGCAAAAAGAAAAUUUUUUACUGUCUAGACGAUGGUGAAAAGAUAAUAAAGGUUGAUUUCAAGACACUGAAAUCAGCCAAACUGAGUCAUGCUUGGGCAAGAACCAUUCAUACAUUCCAGGUAGGAGCUCUUUCUAGCAAACUGGAAAAUUAAAAUCAAAUAACUCAAAUUUAAAGAAGUUAUCUUUAAAUUAGCAACCACCUAACAACAACCUGUGUUAAAGAAUGGAGGAAUGUAACAAUAGCUGCAGUGAUGCCUUUUACCCCUUCACUCUCAGUAAAGAAAUGAUUUAUGUGCAGGUUUUUGUGGAAAACAUAGACCUCAUAUCUGAUUCUGUUGCCAGGUUUGGUGGUACAUCAACUUUCAAUUUAGUUUAGAAAAUAAUUCAGAAUUGUUUUCAUUUUGUGUUACCUUAAUCUGUGAUUGGUCUGGAAGACUUUCGCCAGAAUAUCAACCAAUCAGAUGCAAAACAAAGACCAAUUUUAGCAACAUUGCUCAGCCUCUUCUUCUGAUGUUCACCUCUUUUCCAGGUGUUGACUACGGUUACUCCAGUUCUUGCAUAAAAAGAAAUCCAACCCUUCUCUUGUGAUGACCAUAGGGGGAGAGUAGAUUUGCUUGUUUGACAUGCCCAAUUAAAUUCUCACAUGUAAAUGUAAAGGAUUGAAAAUUAUACAGGUUUAGAGAGGUUAACCAUUAACUCCCAACAUCUGAUUCUUUAUUCUCCCCUCUUGCUGCUACACAUUUCCUUGUAAAUAAGUUGCGAGAAUUUGGUGUUAGAUCAAGAUAACAACUACCUGAUACAUUUGAGUAUUCUCAUUACCUGUUUACUGGAUAGUGCAUGGACAUUGUCAGGAGAGGUUACUUGUUAAUCACCUCUGGGAGUUAAAGGGUUAAAGAGUCAAUGUUUUGGGAUUAAUGUCGGUAUCUAAGCAACUGUGUACCUACCCCUCCCCUGACUCAAUAGCAGUCAUCUGAUAACAAGUUGGGGCAGUAGCCCUUUACAAGUAAGGGCUCCUGGCUUGGGUUUAUGUUGGGUUGGGGGAGGGGUAGAUGCCUGGUUGCUCUGAUACUGACAUUGAUCCAUGUUUUGUAUGGAUUCUGUCUUGAGACUCAGUCUAAUGCUGUGCCACAUUUUUCUUAGGGCUCAGAGUGUGACACAAUUGUCUAUGUGGUGGGAAAUCCGUUUUACCAGAACUGGCAGCAUGUGUACACGGCGAUCACCCGUGGCGUGCGGCAAGUUGUAUUGGUUUACAAGCACAUUUCCUUGUCACGUGCUGUUACGUCACUUCCUGUACCGCGUAAGACUAAAUUGAAAGAAGACAUGGUGAAAGCUCUGAGAAACCGAAAUCAGCUUAAUAAGCUUGAUGGGGUGAAGACCAACGCCCAAAUUGCCCCAGAUCCUGGAGAUGGUGUCGAGAAUGCGGUUUCUCUCCUGCCCUCUGAUGACAUGAAAGAGGCCACUGUAAGGUCAGUACUAGAGGCUCACUGCGAAGAUCAACAAAGAGUAUUAGGGGAAUGUUCUUCAGGAACAUCAUCCUCCAUCAGCGCUGCAAGAUGUUCAGAGGAUUUUUGUAUCUCAAACAAAAAUCUGAAUAUCAAAAAUCACCAGAAGGAGCAAGAAGACAUGAGCAAUGUCCUUGCUCCAAGGAGAGAUCUAUCCUCUCACGAAUUGGCCGAAGACCACCGUCAAGAAAUGGCUGUGAUUGCUGCAGAGGCCAGAGACUCCCAACAGAUCUCUGGUGGUUCCCCUCUGAAGGUGAAGUGUGGCUUGGAAGCCAUUUUUGAAAGUCCGGGCGGAAAAAGGAAACAUCCAGUAAACAUCAGACAGGACGGCCAGGAUAUCUUGGACUCAAAGAUCUAUCACAGCCCGACGCAAAAAAGAAAGUACCCUGAAGGCAUCACUCCUUUAUCUCCUCCGCAAACGCCACCUUACCUUGGAAAAUUUCCAUCGUCUCUUUCAUCAUUUAGCCCCUUGAGCCAGACCUCAAGAGAAAUCAAGCAAGCCGCUGAUAAAAAACCAGCUACCACAGGAACUACUGCAAAAUUCAACACCAAGUGCAAGGUCUGCGGAGGUCCAAUUCAUGCUGGCAAAGACCAAAUAACUCAUCUCUUCGAUGGCUCCAAAAAAUCUUGGAUUCACGUUAGGUGUUCAACAAGUGAUGCGUAG